AUGCCAAUGCCAAAGUUUACGACUGCAAGCGGGCCUGGAAGGACAAAAAGAAUAAACUGGUCGCCUCACGUCCAACACCUCAUCAGAAAGUUCUAUCUUGACGAAGGGGUCACGCUGGAUAAGCUUCCCCAACGCAUGUGGGAGCAUGGCUUCCGUGCAAGUCGGAGGUCGUAUUGUAGUAAACUGCGGGAGUGGGGCUGGAGAAGGAAGAAGAAAGGUAAAAUCUCGGACUCCAGUACUCGUAUUGCUCCUACUGCAGAAUCAUCGAUAAUCGUCCAGAGCCCCUCGCCGGAACCGAUAAUCGAAGAGAAGGAUCCCAUGGAGGAUCUUGGUAGGGCGCUACAGUCGCUUGAUACCAUCAAUAACUUUGAAUCAGAGACUCGGGAAGAGACGCCCCAGGCUGAUAUCGUAAUGGCAGACUCAUGCCAUUCCAUCGAAUAUUCGUCUGGUCUGACUUGCGCUGUAUGCUUCGGGUCUGCAAUGUCACUUGCGAUUGCGGUUAGGGAAAGCGACUCGGAGUGGGCGAAUAGUCAAAUGUCUAAUGGCAUCUUCUAA